AUUUUCAUAAGGACGCGGAGACGGGCUGUCAGAUCUAGUCUCAAAGGUGGUCAGAGAUUAUCUGGAUUUGAGGUGACUUUGAGCCCCUUAUAUUGAGCAGUAUUCUUUUAGCUGUACCUGAUGGUUUGACUAGAAUGCCGCAAACGUAGAAGAGGCCGAAGUCUUGAGUUUUCUUCGAGCUACACACAUCACAACAUAAUAGGCCUGUAAUAUCAAAUAAAAUAUCACCAUGGAAACAAACGAGAGUCACACCAGUCACGGGUCAGAUAAGGCCUUCAUGAAGGUAGAGGCGGUUACUGCUCUCAAAAUGGCGGGAAAGAACACCAAAAUGAUGAAAGCAGCCAAGCUUGCUAAGGCCAAACCAACUCCAUCGAUGGAAGUUAAACGAGUGGACCUGAAACUUCCUCCAAGACCAACAUCGUCUCCAGCAGUUGCGGAUCAUGCCUGUAUCGAGGCAUCAUCUUCAAACACCUAUCCACUUUCAUCGCUGACAGAAACCAGCAUGAAUGUGAAUGCAAAACACGGUGGGGGCACCGCCCUAAUGCUGAAUACCGUAGGGAGGGGAGAGCUGGAUCACGACUUAGCGGAAAUCGCACUCCUCAGAUGCGGUUUCGAUGGUAACCACUACUCGAUGAAGCAACUCGCCAAGGCCGGGGACCAUAGCAGAUUUUACGUCUGGAACGAGAUUCGAACCGAUAGGCAGGGUUUCGUCGAACCCGAACUGCUGUAUGGGAAAUCUCACACCACAAUCUUGUCGAACAUUGCCCGAUUCGGUCAUGGUGGUUGUGGGGUAUUGUUUGAGGGGCCAGAGGCCGUGUCGGAGGAGGGCAAAUCGAGCAUCAUUCCUAGUCCAGUAAUUCGAACAGCCGCUGAUUUGGAAGGAUCCUGUGCGCUGGUAAUGUGCAGCGCUCCGCCGGACGAGUCGGGGGCGGUACCGAGUCAGGUAUACCUCGUCCAGUUUCAACGAGAUGGGGAACUAACGAAGAUUCCUCUGCUUCCCAAUGGAAGUGACUGCUGGUCUUUUGAAUGCUCACCUUUAGAGAGCCCAGAUCCUGAAAGCCCACCAUCGGAUAGCCCCGCUCCUGAAAAGACCACUCCUGACAACCCUGCUCCAGAGAACCAACCUACAGACAGUUUAGAGAAAGACAGUGCACAAGAUAAUGGGAUGGAUCCAAAAAGCUCAGAUCCCGAUUGCCUGUCUCAAGAAAACCCGGAUGUGGAAACUUCAGCUGCAGGUACCUUGCCUUCGGACAGCCUGAAGCAGGAGAAUGCACUUGCGGAAAGUUCAUCUGCAGAUAGCAAUCUUCCUGAAGCCCUUCAAGAGAACCCAUCCAAGGAAGGCCUGAAACAAAAGUCUGUGGAAGUCUCAGGAAAGGAGGAGUCAUCUACAGGAAGCUCACCUCAGGAAACCUGUAAGGGAAUCUCGAAGGAGACGUCAAAAGAAACAUCCACAGAAACGACAGAAAAUAUUGCUGAAGUGCCUGAUGAAGUCAAUAAUGACAAAGGUGAUGACAGUAAUGGCAACAAGAAGAAUGAUGAUGACGAUAAUGGUGACAACGAUGAUGAUGGUGAUGACAAUGAUGAAGAUGAUGAUGAUGGAAGUGAAAAUAGCUGUCCAAACUGGUAUGAAGAUAGUAGCGAAGAUGGCUGCUGGUUCAUAAGAACUCCUUCCGAGGAAAGCUUCAAGGCAAAGGAAGCAGCACUGGAAAUGAUAGGACCACCCAACAGUCACUAUGUGGUGUUUCACAACAAGAGUGCUACCUUUGCAGAGGCUCACCAGGACAAACCAAGAGGGAAGGUUGUCCAUCUCCAGGAGUUUAGCGGGAUCAACCCAACCACUCUCCUUGAGGAUACUUCUAACUUUGUAGGCCGGUCCAUGCUGGUCAUGUGUUCUCAUAGCUUACAGGAUGAAGACUCUACAACAUCGGCUCUCUAUCAGGUGACCCUGAUGAAAGAUCAACCUGGUGCUGCUUACAUUGCUGGAAUGUCCGGUGUCCUGCAAUCUGCAGACGUGUGGACCAUUACAAUGACCAAUAAGAGAGCCCUUCAGAUUGUUGGACCUAAAGGGCCAUGCCGCUAUUCUCUAUUCUCCAACAUCCCAGAAGAUAUCAGCAAUCCUAAAGAUAGGUGUUUCCAAAAUGGCUGCCUAGGGACAGGGGAUUCAGAAACCAUAGAGGGAGGCCUGAUCAUAGAUGAUGAUAACUUGACCGUCUGGGUGGAUUACGUGACCAAGGUCUUGGUGACUUGUGAUGGGGUCACUAUUCAGGAGGUGGAGGGAGGAAAGUGGAUGGAACAGCCAGAUGGUAGAUUGGCUUUCCAGAGGGCGUUGACUGUAAAGGAGAAGAGCCCAGGACUGAAGGUCUUUCGGGCAUUUGCAUUGCGUAAAGAUAUAAAUGGAGCUGAUGUAUCAAUAGAACUAGGGGAUUCCCCUCAUCAGGUGAUCAAGGAGCCUCCUGGGGUAGCCUAUGCUUUGAACUGUGGAGGACCGGCAUAUGAAGCACUCAAUGGAACUGUGUAUAUUGACACUCAAACUCAAUUCAAAGCCAUCGAAGCUGGUGGACUUGACUGUAUGCAUAAGUUCAGUGCCCACACUGCACAAGACCGCAAUCUGCACUCUCUCCUUGGAAGUACGUAUGAUUCCUAUCUCUUCAGCUCGUACAACUGCACCCAUGAUGGCUUUGUCGAUAAAAUGAAGUUUCCUUUACCGUUGUCAACAGGAGACUACAUGAUGCGUCUAUAUACAGUGGGAGGGUGGAUGGCCAAGGGACUUAUCCAUUUUAACAAUACAGAGCUGACAUCGAAGGUUAUUGAACAGUUGACGAGUGAAGACCACAUCCACGCAGUUGGAACCACCGCAAAGACAUGUGAAAUUCCAAUCACUGUCGAAGAUGAGAAAGAAGCCACACUCUCCUUUCACACAAAUGGAGACGAUGUCUGCCUGUCAGGAAUCUUGGUGUACGACAAGAAUUUCAAGGAGCCAACUCUCACCACUGAAGAGAAGCAUAAAGAAAUGAAGAUCAAACAAGAGCUUGCUGACAAGUUGCUCCCAUUCAACCGUACAUUCUCUCUGAAGGAGAUGAAGAUCGCUGGCUGGUCUCAAAACCUCCUUGAAAAUGCAUCGGGAGAGAAUGGUGAUAUGAGUAACUGGAACUAUAGUGGGGACUUCAAGGUUGAUGAUGGUGGAGACGGAACAGAGAAAAAGUUUCUAACCUCCUAUAUGGUAUGCACCAAAUCACAAGAUGUUGAUCUGAUGCAGCAUUUCUCACCGGAACAUUUGGACUCUGCACCUGAAAUUCAGGUAUCUGAAUCUUUCCAUGAGGGUGGUUGCAAAGGUGGCUUUUACAGUCUCACUGUAUCCCUCCUGGACGCAGAUGACAAGGAGAUUGCCACACAGACCACAGGACGCAAGGGCAGCAUCAAUACUCCUGGCUGGAUCAAGGAGAGUUUCACCUUCAAAGACUACGGACCAGGAGUCCGGACUGUCUCCUUUGAGAGUCAUGGUGAGGACGAUAAGAGCUGGGCUGGGUACUUUGGGUCCUGGAUGUCUGGUGCUGCGUUGCGUGUCAAGAGUGAAAUCAGCGCCGCCAGAGGAGACGAGUAUUCAGAUGUCGAGACCAGUACAGCCGAAGAGAGAAAGCAAGGUGUCACUUCCUUCUUGCGCCAACUGCAGGAGGAACAUCGGGAUUCCUUGAAGUUCAUGCUUAGCUCACCUGAAGAUGAUAAUGAACCUGCUAAGCAGGCUGAGGUCAAACAGCAAGAGAAUGUCCCACCUGUCGUUGUUAAAAAGAAGCCAGUGAAGCGCGAGAUCCGAGUCUUUGUAUCAAGCACGUUCCGAGACUUUGAGGAGGAAAGAGAGAUGAUCAUCAAGAAGGUCUUCCGUGAGCUAAAUCGACUUUGUCUAGAUCGGGGAGUCUUCUUCACUUACGUUGACCUUCGUUGGGGAAUCACUGAGAUGCAAACUAAAAGUGGAAGAACCAUUGAGAUUUGUUUGAGAGAGAUUGACAAAUGUCGUCCAUACUUUAUUUGCCUGAUGGGAGAUCGGUUUGGUUGGAGCCAGUCCCCGAAGUUCAAGGAUGAACUCCUAGACAAGAGCUAUGACACUGUUGUUGAAGCCUACCGUCACUUCAAGUGGGUAGAGGAAUUUCGAUAUAACUCAAGUGUCACACAGCUGGAGGUGAUGUAUGGAGCAAUGAGAGAACACAAAGAAAUCAAGAAGGAACGCAUCUACUUCUAUCUUCGGAAGCCAAGAGUGAAGAGAGAGGAUCUUCCACCUCCUGUAGAGACUGAAGAGGAUAGAAAGAAUGUAAAAGGAGAGACCCAGUGGCACUAUGAUCUCCAGCACAAACUUAGGAACAUGGUGGUAGAGUCUGGACACACCUACAGAGGUUAUGACAGUGCAGUGGAAGCUUCAACAAUGAUCAAGGAGGAUUUGGUGAAGUGCAUCAAUGAUGAUUUCCCGCCUGGUACCAACCUGACAGCUCUACAGAGAGAAUCAGAAGCCCAUGAUGCCUUCGCAAAUGCAAGACGACGCGUAUACAUCGGACGACAAGAAUACUUUGAUUACAUCGACAACUACUUUGCUCAGAAACCCAAGGUGCCUCUGACAAUCAUUGGAGAAUCUGGAUCUGGUAAGUCUGCCCUUGUUGCCAAUUGGUGCGGCCGUUUUGAAGAGAAGAACCCAGGAGUAUUCCUCUUCAAACAUUUCAUCGGGAGCUCUGCAGAAAGUGCUUCUCACAUGAAUCUCCUCAGAAGACUGUAUGGUGAGAUGAAGCAAUUUUUCAGCCUUGAACUUGAAAUACCAACAUCUGACAGAAACCUGGUCAUUGACCUUCCAUCAUGGCUCAGUAUUGCUAGCAAUAGGUCAAAGGUCAUGAUUGUCCUGGAUGCAUUGAAUCAGCUGGACAGUGGAGCUGGAGGAAGUGGUGAUGAGAAGAGUCUGACAUGGCUGCCACAAACAUUGCCUAACAAUGUACAGAUGCUGCUUUCUACACUUCCUGGAGAGACUCAGGAUGUGAUUGAGUUGUCCGGAUGGCCGAUGUACAAGAUCGAAGGUCUGCAGGAAAACGAGAAACUGAAUAUCAUCACUGGCUACAUGAAUCUGUAUGGCAAAACUCUCAAUAAAGAGCAAACAGAUCUUAUCAUCAAUGCUAAACAGAGCUCUAAUCCUCUCUAUCUCAAGGCUCUACUAGAUGAGGUUCGCGUUUAUGGCAAUUUUUUCCAGCUGACAACAGCCAUCAAUUCUUACUUGACAGCUGAAGAUCCUGGCGCCCUCUUUGUCAAGGUCUUGCAGAGGUUGGAGAAAGAUUUUGAGAAGGGAGCCGUAUGCAGACCCAAUCUUGUGAGGGAUACAACUACAGCUAUCUGGGUUUCUCAUCGAGGAAUGAGUGAAAAUGAACUCUUAACUAUGCUGAAGAUACCAAGUGCAGUCUGGUCUCCUUUCUACCUCUCACUCGAGGAGAAUCUCAUCAAUCGGAAUGGACUGGUGAAUUUCUUCCAUGAUCAUCUCAGGCAAGCUGUUGAGAGUCGCUACCUCCCCACAGAGGAGGACAAACGCAAGAGGUACUUAGAGCUUGCCAAUUUCUUCAAUGCGCAGGAUAUCGAUGAUCGAUAUUCUGAUGAGGUUCCGUACCUCCUGAUUCAGGCGAAGGAACUGACCAGAUUGAAGGCUACUAUUCUCAAUGUCAACAUCUUCCAGUUCCUGAUGAAAACAGAGGAUGGUAACUUCCAGCUCAUCAUGGCCUGGAGGAUGUUGGGAGGGUUUGAGCCAGUUGAGCAGGCUUAUCUUGAUGUCUUGUCUAAGUGUGAAGUCAAUUGGGAGAAGGAUAAAGACAAGGUUGAACUCAUCAAGUUUAUGGCUGUCUUUUUCAUGCAACUUGGAUUGCUGAGAGGAGCUAGAGUCUUGAAUGAACGUCUGCUGAAGGAGCUUGAGCUGAGAUACCUUGCUGAGCAUUCUACCAUUGUACAACAUCAUUUCAACUACAGCAUGAAACUCAAAUGCAACCAUCCAACCGUCAUUGAUGUCCUGAUAGAGCUGGGGAAUGUUUGUCUGAAACAGGGCAACUUCAAAGACUCUGAAGAAUAUCUGGAGGAUGCCCUCUCUAGGCUAACAAAGGUCAAAACACCACAGCAAAAGCUCCAACUUGUCAAGGCGGUUAUCACAAUGGUGUCCGUUCAAAGACGUCGAGGUGACAUUGACUAUGCUAAGAAGCUUUUGAUGCGAGCCUUGGGAGUGAGCAAAGAGGUCGUAGGUCAUGAACACCAUUACACUGCUUCACUGAUUGGCCAGCUUGGAGAAAUAUUAUACGAUCAGAGCCGUUUGGAGGAGGCAGUAGCUUGCCAUACCUUUGAUUUCCACGAGACUCAAAGAGAAGGUGGAUCUGAUCAUCCUCACAUAGCAGCCAUCUUGAACAAUAUUGGAUUGGUGCAGGAUGAUAUGAAUGCUAGUGGUACAGAGAAGACUUUCAAGUUGGCCUUAGGGAUCUUACUUGAGGCAUACGGCAAGGAUCAUGUGGAUGUGGCGACUGUUAGAUACAACCUUGGAGCGCAGUUCUUUGGGCAUCAGAUGUUCCAACGUGCCAAGUUCCAGUUUGAAGAAGCCCAUCGUGUCUUUGAUCUAUUCCUUGGGGAUCACCCAAGCACGAGGGUGGCAAAGAAAGCUGUUGAUAUGGUUCAAAGUCUGUGAACGUUACGGGUUGGUAACUGAACAAUUAUGAGUCAAUGAUCCAAACUUACUAUUACUAAAAUUCUGGAACGUUUUGGCAGGACAUCCAUCUCCUUCAGGUGUUAGAAUCUAUCUCAUACUUGGAACAAAUCAUUAAGAUGUGUUAGGUGCUGAUUGUCAAUUCUCGCAUCCAGUGAGGGAGUAUUACGUGACAACUGGAAGUCUCAAAAAAAAUUCCCGCCCUGGGCCACAGAUAAGCCUUUGAAACCCUGCACAGACACUUUCUACUACCUGACGAAGACAGACAUCUCUAUCGACUCAUAAAUUUAGUGAUACUGAGUUUGGGUCUAUUAUUCAUAAUGGAUGAUAAUCUUCUAGACAAUAUGGUCAUUAUGUAGCUUAAGUUUUGCCUGGCAGAUGCUUCUAUGAUGGUUGAAAACUAUAAAUGUGUCAUCAGGUUUUAGAACCUGGAUUUAGUGAAAAAAAUCUUGUGUAACCAAUUUAGCUGAACUGAAUCUUUGUAGAUAUAAAAAUAUAAAUAGAUUUCUCAUCUACCAAAAUAAUUUUUAAUACAAAGUUGAUCCAUUCCAAAACAGUCGUAGGAACUGGAGGACCGACAAUAUUUUGCAUGUGAAAUGGUUAUUUCAUCAAUUCCACUGUCAUCUCCAACCUCCUUAUCCUCAGAAAAUAUACAUGUAACAAUUCAUACCCAUGCUUGUAAUUCUAUCAAAAAUACAACACAAAUGAAAGUGAUCUACUUAUUGCAUCUGUCUCAAUGGCUUGAAAAUUUCUAAUGUAAAUACAAAGGCAGAUUAAAAAUCUGUAUGAGAGGGUAAUGUAUUAGUUGGUCGAUUUGUUUGUGAGACAACCCGUAUUUACCUACUUUACUUGGUCACAAAGAUCAAACAGGUAAUAUGAGCAAGUAUUACCUGUCUGAUGUUUACAAUGUAGCUGUAUGACAUGUUGUUUUCAUUGUUACACACAUGCCCAGUGCUGAUUUUAACCACAUGAUAUGGUACCAUAUUACGUGGGUAUUCAUUCAUCGCGCUGCGCAUGACUAUCUCAAAUCAAUUUCAAUGGCGAAAUGUACAUUCUUUUUACUGUGAUCAUUGUGAUGUCAUGAAUUACUUCCUUGCAAAAAUUUCUUUCAAAAUGCAGGGUUUUGAUUUUCUUUUAGUUCUAUCCUAUUGAUUUCCCCUAUUCUGCAAUAAUAUAAGGGUACACUUAAAGAGAUAAAAUCGUUACACCCUGCUUGUUCUUACAAAAUACGGGAAAUACCCACAUUCCAUGAUGGAAUAUGGAACCAGAAUGUAGAUAUUUCCCGUAUUACGUGAACAAGCAGGGUGUAACUAGUAUCACACAUUUAAACCAAAAUAUGUCUUGCCACUAAGCCAAGAUGAAGUGCAUGCACUUUCGUCAAUAUGAAUGUUCUGAUGAAAUAAUACAGAUAUUGGUACAAAAGUACAGCCCAUAACAGAAUUGAGAUAAUGAAUUGUGAUUAUUUUCUGCAAAUGAAUGAUUAAAUCCUAAACCAUUUUUUUAAUGUAAAAAUAACCGAAGAGGUCUGGGGAAGGAUCUUUUGAAGAUCUUUUCCUUGGACUGUUGCCAUGUAUAUGAUAUGUGAUGUCUCUUAAUAAUCUUAUGAAUUAGAAAGAAAAUAUGGUGUUAAAUUUGCAAUUCUUAAAAUAGGCAUUAUCAUCAUGAAAGAAGGUGGUUAGUUGUUUGUAGAUGUAUUUCUGUGCAAUCUUCAGAUAUUUUUUUUAAUCUAUAAUGCAAUUAUAUGUAUAGUACUCUUCGUGUCUUAAUGCAAGCAGUGUAAUUAAGCAAGAUUUUGAAUUGAUAUGGUAUGCUAUAUGAAAUGUAAAAUAAGUAUAUAGAUAAUAGAUACUGACUAAUCAUAUUUUCUUUUGUAGUGGAAAAUUAAAUUCAGUUGGAUAUAUAAAUUACAAAUCA